AUGAUCCAACUUGGGUUGUCGCUGAAUCGGCUAGCUGCGCUGGCGUUUGAAGGAAGAUUCUCAGACCUGAUGGCCAAGUCAAAGCUGCAUCAGCUGUUGGCUGUUUGGACGGUGCCGGUCUCAGCAGUCUAUUGGCUGACAUUAGACGGGCACCUAUACUUCGAGUCGCACAGCUAUGCCUUGGUCAGCAACGAACCGGAUGCGAGCAAGAUGCGUGACGCGAUGUUCAAGCUGCGGAUGGUGGCGAAUGGGUUGACGUUGGGCGUCCUGCUCUCGGACAUCAUCACAUUUUUCCUGAUUCGGCGUCAUCUGAAAAGAAACCGCGACAUCUCCGGCAUGAACCAAAGUCAGAGCCGGGCCGAUCAGAAGCUGGCCAAGCAGAUGAUCGUCAACCACACGUACUCUUUAGCGGUGACCGCGGUCAACUUCUACGUUGCGUUCCUGUUCCAAAAUAUGCCUCCCGCGACCACCGACGUUUUUGCACCGGACCCACCAGUACGUGUCCAUGAUUGGCUAUUAUGCUGUCGA